AAUGUGCGACGUGCAUGUGGAGGUGAAAGUGCAGGCUGCCAUUUUUUCGAUGGAAUCUUCCUGAGUCAGACAACAAAAUAUCAACUGUGAGUUACUCCGUCACUCAUCAGCAGUUGUAGAUUAUCUGUUGGUAUAUUCAAGAAAUAUUGUACGCGAAUACUACUGGAGCUUUGUUUAUUAAAAUCCGUCGUUGAGUAUCUUAGCUCAGGGUUGGAGUGAGCUGCAGAUGGCUGCUGAGCUCGGCUAGCUAAUGGUAGCCUUGUCUGUAAACAAACACUACAGACAGGGGAAACCCUAACCAGAUCACACUUCCAGUUUGUUCAGCAGAUUUGCCCAAUAGUUCAGUAAGACAAGACGGGAUUCAACAUAAGAAACACUGAAGAAAGUCCGUCUGUACUGCACAGUAGCAAAAGAGCGCCCCAACUUCAGUUUUGUUGACGGUGUGAGUUUCUUUAAACUAGGUUGGAGCUCUGUCGGUUUAGAGCGGUUCGGGGUCGCUUGGGUCAAAGGGAAAACACAAACUCACACCGGCAUGUCAUCCUUCUCGGAGUCUGCCCUGGAGAAGAAGCUGACGGAGCUGAGUAGCUCACAGCAGAGCGUCCAAACCCUGUCUUUGUGGAUUAUCCACCACCGCAAACACUCGGCGCUCAUCGUGAGAGUGUGGCACAGGGAGCUGAAAAAAGGUCAGGUAUUUUUUUUCUGACCACCAAUCUAAUGUCUGCAGCUAACAAGGAUGGUAAAUCCACAAAGCCUAAUACUUGAGACAUACUGAUGAAAGAAACACAUAAUGGUGCUGUAAAUCUCUCUGAAGAUUGACUCAUGUUGUUGUGUCCUCCAGCUAAGAGCAGCAGAAAGCUGACUUUUCUGUAUUUGGCCAACGAUGUCAUCCAGAACAGCAAGAAGAAAGGACCAGAGUUCACCAAAGACUUUGAGUCUGUCCUUGUUGAUGCCUACUCCCAUGUUGCCAGGUGAAUGUUGUGCAGUCAAUGCCUGUAACAUAAUUCCAAGUCUCCACAAAAUUGAGACACAGAGUAACAUGUUAAUAAAAAAUGAAUUUGAUGUUUGCUUGUUAUUGAAUACAAGUUAAAAUAAAAAAAUGCAUAGAUUACACAUCAUAUGAUGAAACUGAAAACUUAUGUUCCCACUUUAAAAUAAUUGGUCAGUUUUCCACUUUGCCACAAUCCAUUUGAAAGUGCUGCAGGUUCUCUGACUCAUUCAGUGAUAUUAUGUACCGCAGAUAAAGAACUCUCCAUAUUCGUUGCACUUUUAGCAGAGAACUAAAAUUCCUAAUUGUCACUGGUUCUACACUCAGCCUCUCAUAGAGUGGUUAACCUCCUUUCAUCUUUACUCCUGAGGGACUAAGCCCCCUGGGAGUGCCCUUUUUGAAUCCUCUCAUUACUAACAUUUUUAAAAUUAACCAAAGUAGUUUGUGGAUGGACUAGAUUUUUAGCAUUACACAAUUUUUUCUACAUUUAGUCCCAACUUUUAUAAAUGUGUUGCCAGCUUUAAAUUUAAAUAAGCAUACAUUUUUCACAAAACAAUAAACGUUUUCAGUCACCACACAUGAUAUUUUGUCUUUGCACAGUUUUUAUUAAAAAGGUUUUUAUUAUUUGCAAAUUCAAAAGUAGAAUCUGCAGCGUACCAGCUUGUUAAGGAAGUGGGGUUGGAAGAUGGUAUGUUCACUGCAGCUUUGAGACUUUGUAUCUAAAUGUUUUCCUAAAUGGGGAUCUUCUAUGUAUUUGAAGGGUAAUCUUGUUACUUUUAAGCAAAGAUGACAAAGCAGAAACAAUUAACAAACCCUUGAACUAAAUUUGGGUGUUUCUGUUCACUAAAACAGAAAUGUGCCAAAAAUUCACAUAAAAAAUGAGAAAAUGCACUGGAUAUGUGGUCUUGAAACAGCCGUGGUCUGUGAUUAUUUAUUUGUUUAAUUAUUACAAAGACUGGUUAUCUAAAUUCUGUCUUUUUCUGCUAUAACUAACCCAGAGAAGCAGAUGAGAGCUGCAAAAAGCCAAUGGAGAGACUACUGAAUAUCUGGAAGGAGAGGAACCUCUAUCGCGCAGACUUUAUUCAGCAGCUCAAACUGGCCAUAGAAGAUUCUAACAGUCCCAGGCCUUCAGGUGAGAUCACUGUAGGCCACAGGGAUUUCUUCAGUGCAUUGAUACAGAAACCUCUACUCUAAUCAGCUAUGCAAUAUGUAAUUGAGAAAAGAAUGUUAUUGUUUAAAGUUAUGUGCUAUGGUAAUAAUAAAUAUUUUUAUUGUACUUCAAUUACCAAAGUAAAAUCUUUGUAGUAUUGACACCUAAGGUAUCAAAUCAUUCACCCGUAAUAGUUUUUAACCUUUUAUAUCAAUCAAUAAUUAUUGGUGUAAAUUCUAUGAUUUGACAGGCCCAACAUUGUUCUUCUUUUAACUGAUCUGUGUUGCUGCUUAUUUUAACUCUUGUAUUUUCUAGGCAUCCUCAUAAGUCUUUUGGGGCUUCUAACCUAAAAAACUUUUUAAAAAAUCUUUUUUUUUUUUUUGUUUAAACUCUCCCUAGUUCUCCCUAGUCAAAAUUCUGCACCCUAUAGCAGAAUAUCUUAACAACUUUUUAAAUAUAAAAAAAUGCUAGUAACCCUUGCAGCAAUAACUUAAAUUUUCUUUCUACGACAUUCAAACUUGAUCCUACAGAAGAGAAGAAAGCUGUGAAACGAAGUUAUCCAAAGGUCCAGGAAGAGGAUGAUGAUGAAGAUGAUGACUAUAGAAGCCAUAAUUCUCCUCACAAUACAGAAGUCUCCUCAACUCAGCCGGUAAGAUGAAUGAAAUCCAGAAGUUUACAAUAAAUUAAUUUUACAGUUUAACUACACAAAGUUCUCUCCUCACUGCUCCUAUUAUUCACCCUCCUGUCACAUGAUCUCCAUGCUGUGUGGUCUUUCAGACCGAGGAGCUUGUAAAAGCCCUGCAGGACUUGGAAAAUGCUGCAUCAGGCGAUGCAGCAGUUCGUCAGAAGAUCGCCUCCCUGCCGCAGGAAGUCCAAGAUGUAUCCCUGCUAGAGAAAAUCACUGGUAAGAUCUGAGUUCCCAACAUGAUUUGAAAAGAAUGUAGUUGACAGGUGAUACUCAUGGCUUGUGGAGAUUCAUAUGGGGUCAAAAAAGAUUAUUAUUACAAAGUAAUACGAUUCAGCUGUGAAAAAGUUAAAACAAAUAGUCAAAGUGACAGCCAAAGGUACAGUGUGUAGCAACGGGAUUGAUUAGCAAUAUGUAGAUUUUACAUUCUAGAUUGAAAUGCUUCUUUGCUCGCCCUCACCAUCAGUGAAGUGAUGGUGGUCUCCAGGGACAAGUAGUUCUUGUGAAAGAAAAUUGAUUUAAUCCUCCAGUUGAUUUUUCACCAUCAAAAAUCACAUACAAAUUCUUGUGCUCACAAUAUCUACGACUUCUUUCCCCUUCUACCUGUGUAUUUUGCAUGGCCACUCACUAAAUCCAUUAACACAAAUGCUAGCAGUUUGUCCAUUCUUUUCUGCUGUAUUUUUUUUUCAAAUUCUUUUAAAGGGGACCUGCCAUAAAAAUGUAAUUUUUGGGGUUUUGGGGGUUAGGUCCAUAUUAUGUUCGUCUUAUGUUGUAAAUGUGAAAAAAAACCAUUACGUCGUUUGCAUUCUGUAAAGGUUUAGAAUAAAGGAACGAGUAAACCAGGCCAAUUGAAAAAGCAGGUCGGUGUUACGUUGCGCCGACCUUGCUCAUUAUUAUUCACGAGCGCGUCCUUGGUGAGCCGCGCCCACUCUCUCGUUCUCGUACUCAGUCACAGCCAGAGCGAGACCCAGCUACCACUGUACCCGCUAUGGGUCUCUUCCAAACGACCGGUGUUUCCUUCGGUUCACUGCCGGGAAAAUGAACUUAAAGCUGGGCAGAAUGAAUGAGAAAACACCGCUGUAGAUCUCCGGCUUUUUCCUCAACUUCCACCUCCUCUUCGGACUCGGGUCUAAAAUAUAUGGUUUAAUACCUGCCGUUUUUAGCCUUUAGCAUAAGGUGACCAGACGUCCCCGAUUUCCGGGGACAGUCCCCGUAUUGGAUGACCUGUCCCCGGCAAAAGCUGUCCCCGAAAAUGUCCCCGAUUUAAGCGUUUCAUGAAUGAGAGCAAAAAUGUUGCGUGUGGGCUCGAACAACGGUUAUUACAGUAGCCGAAUUUAGUUGGCAGUCCUGAACAACAGUUCUUACGGGGGUUAUUACAAGGGGCAUGCGCUGCUACCAAAUAGUACCGAGACUUUGUCUGUGAUCACACAGCCCCUGCAGCCCCUGCACCGCCGUCGCCGCCGCCGCAUCGAAUAUCCCCGGAUAUCAAUACAGACAUCUGGGCAGCAUACUUUAGCACACAUUAGCAUAUGCUAUUAGCAUUAGCAUAAUAACAAUGGAUAAACCGAAAUCCGAACCUCCACUGCUGAGCCAAUCAGAGCACAGCAGGCUUCACAGCAGCGAUCCAAUCAGAGCAAAGCUCAUUACCAUAAAUGUUAAUGAGCCAAAACCAGUUGGUUUUCCUGUAAGGUUUUUUAGGCAUACUAAAACAAACCAUCAAAUAACUUUUCAGCUAAAAUUAUGUUGCAAACAUGAUCAGAGGACAUCAAGGAUUAUGAAAAAAUGAUAAAAAUGGGUAUGAAAUUUUGGUGGCAGGUCCCCUUUAAAGUUUUGUUUUUUUUAGAUAUAGACAGAAGUGGGUGAUAAAGUCAAUUCAUGCAAAAGGUAAUUGUUUUAGUUCCACCUGCAAUUUACCACAGCCCCCACCCCUAAGGAAGUUUCCCAUGUCAAGUAUACAUAAAUAUACACAGACACACCCACAUACACAUUCACACUUGCACUAUUACAAAAAUAAUGAAUAAUAAUAAAAUAAAGAAUAAAGACUUGAAUAAGAAAUGAAAAUUUGUACAUCAAUGUAAUCCUUUAUUUACCCAUGUUAUCAAAAAUAACUCCUAGGUCAGACAAUAUAAAAAGUAUUGUUUAAAAGGGAUGGUCAAAUGUUUAUGUUAAUGAUGGGUGUCAUAUGAUACAGAGUCUGUAGUCACUGACGGAGCAAUUGUUUAGAUUUUUAAAAAGUUGCUUUAUGUUAUGAAAUUCCAUCUUAUUUUACCCAUGAAAUGUGGUGAUCCAAAGAAUGUUUUUCAAUGUCAAGUUAAAUCCAAAAAGUAGCCAUGCCACAAAAGAAAAUAAAGGACCCUGAAUCAAAAUGUGUCAAAAUGUAGACAAAGAAUUUGUGUUGCUGUACGGCUCUUUCUAAAGUAGCUUUUCUGCAGGGCAGCUUUUGUGGAAUGGGGAACACUCCUGUGUCAGUGCAAGAGACUCAUUUGAAGUAGACCAAAACAGUUUUCAUAUUGAGGUGAUUAUGCACUUAUUUAAACACCUAUCCAUCCAGCUAACCAUACAAUUAAAUAUACUACGUAUCUCUUGGGGGCUGAAGGGGACUGGAGUCUAUCCCAGCUGUCUUUAGGCAAGAGGCAGGGUAAAUCUUGCGUAGGUUUCCAGUCUAUUGCAGGUGUUACAGUAAGCGGAACAGACAAUGGUUCACACGCACACACUCACACCUGCAGGCAGUUUAGAACAGCCAAUUGUCCUGACAUACCAAACACACGUACAAAUAUUGUAUUUUAUAUAUAUUGAAGUCUGUUCUCCCUAAGGCCACCAAAUACUGCACACUGAACCUCAACAGUCAAACAAGGCAAGGAGGGAUGAACAGUAAACGAGGCAUUGUAGGCAAUUUUGAAAGCAAAUUACAAACAAUAGACUUUAAACUCAACUUUUAUUUACAAUAACCAGCUACAGUUAGAACAUUUUAGCAACUCAUAGCACUAUUCAUCAUAUUUGUGUGCUAGUUAUAGUUAUUAGGUUUCAUUCACAGAGAAUUUUCAUCAGUACAAGUUAUAAAACAAUGCAAGUUGACUAAAUAGGUCCAUGUACUAAAUGAAAGAUAAAACAAAUCUUAAGAAUGCAGAACACAAUUGUGAAGGUGAGUGCUAACAAAGAGGUUUCAAAAAGUACUCAUAAUCAAAUGUCCUCUCUCGACUUAAACAAACCACUAUGUCACCAAUCUAGACAAGGAUGCAGCAGACAAGCUAUCAAAGACAGUGGAUGAAGCCUGUUUACUACUGGCAGAGUACAAUGGUCGACUGGCUGCAGAGCUGGAGGACCGCAGGCAGCUGGCUCGCAUGCUGACUGAAUACAUCGGCAGCCUGCGAGAGGCACUGAUGGAGAGAGAGAAGAAACUAGAGGUAAGCACCGUCCACACAAAUAUUACGAAAAACAUUAUACGUAAGACUAUGACAAACACUUGUUUGGGGUCCUGUUUUUAAACCCUCUCAUAUAAUGAGUGUUGAGCUCCUUAUUAUUACAUCAUUAUUUGAUGAAAUGACUGAAAGGUAGACAGUGUGGUGGGUGAUAAACAUAUGAACCAGAAACUCCUGUAAAAUUCAGUGUGUAACAUGUCUUUCUAAUAUCUUUUGUAAUCUGAAAAGUAUACUAUAUCUUUUAUACUCCUGCAACCACUGGACCACAUCUAGGGCCUAGUAAAUAGGGAGGUGGACUCGUCUGGCAGCAUCACUUUUCAUCAGCUUGUCUUGGCCUAUUCACAGUCAUGCAUAAAGUUAACUAUUAAGCAAAUAAACCUUGAGGAGUGCAGGUUUUAAAAGACUCCAAAUUAAGAUAAGUAACCAACAGAUGGGGGUGGUGCAAGUCUCCACCAAUCGGUGAUGGGCAAUGGAUCAGGCCAUUCCUUUCAACUUUUAACUGUACUGUAGGCUAAAGUUAACUUUCACGUGGGUUGCUGCUACGCAUCUGCACGGAGACUGCAUGUUGCAUGCAGUGGAAGUCUUCCACUUCUUGUCAUCUUGUUUCCCCCGGAGCCCCUCCUAAAACAUGCUGUGUGUAAUCCUGGUCUUACUGCUCAUGUUUUUCCGCACUACUUGACUUGGAGUAAGUUUAUAAUUUCCUUAAAUUUAUCAGAUGGCAAAUACCAAACUGUUGUUGAGCGCUUGAACACAACCAAUCAGAGCAGCAUUAAGGGCUCUAUUUUCAUGCUUCGCCGUCGACGUGGUGCAGGUGCAGCGCAGGUCUGCCGCGCCGGUCCGCCGCGCCGGUCCGCCGCGCCGACAAGGCAUUCCCAAGCACAAUUUGGUAUUUUGGUGAGCGGCGCAGCACGGCGUAAGUAUCCCCCGUCCCCAGCUCAGCUCCUUUCAGCGGCGUAAGUCGUAUGGAGGGAGGAGAGAGGGCGUGGAGUGGGUUUAACACAGCCGAGAUCUGUAUUGACCAAUGACAUAAGCACCUCUCCUCACCUUUGAAUCCGCCACUGGAGAGGGGUAUUACAAUUUUCGUGAAGUAGUCAAAGAGAUCAAGAGAUGUCUGAAGACAGCAAUGCCACACGAUGGCGACAGAAGGCAGCCCCUUAACAAGUGUCACUGUAAGCGCUGCAGAGGGUGGCUGCACACUGUCUCGUAUAAGCACAGAUGGAUUUGGUGUGUGUAAUGUUGUACCCACUGGUAAGACAAACACCCUUUUCCACAAAUAAAGACACUCAAAUAAAGUUGCAUAAAUAAACCUCAUGUGACAAAGGUGGGUUGAGCGCACAGAUCACAACAUAAAUUCCAAUAAUGGCAUUAAAAUCGGAACCAUCUGUGCGUAAAUGACGCAUCGCGCUCCGUGGCCUGGCUCUUUCUUUCAUAGAUGUUGGCAUAUAAAAUAAAUUUGGCUCACAAAACUGAAUAUUAUAAUAUCCGUAUGUAGGCUUAAAGUAAAUAACUCAUCUGAGCACUGAAACAAAUUAUCUGUUCAGCCGCUGCAGCAGCAGCUGCAGUAGCAGCUGCAGCACGACGGGGAGAAGACACGGAGACCAGGUGGAGCUGCGUGAGAAAUAAGAGGAAGAGGAAGAAAGAAAAGGAGGCAGACGAAUUACAGAUCUUGUUCACUUCAUCGUGUGGGUUUAUUUACUAGAUAUUUAAUUUAAUUUAAUGCGGUUUCAGCUGUGAUAAUUCGAUCAGGUUGAGUGUCCAAACGCGUGCCGAACGUGCUCAUCAGAUCAGGUAUAGAUCAGAACAUAUCGAUAUAGAUCUGAAUGUAUGUGCUGACUCAGAUUAUUAGUUGUUGUUGAUUAUUUAUUGCACUGAAAUCUGCCUGACACUGUGGAAACCUGCCUGUGAGACAUCGGUGACGUAUGCCGAUACACCGCCGGUCUACCAAAAUACCACUAGACCAGCUGCACUCCGCCUGCACUGAAAGUUGACCAGGUUUGAAUCGGCGAGCUUUCAGCGCACUUUUCACCUCAGUGGUGAGCACGAAAAUGUCAGUGCACCAGCUGAUUCUGUCGACACCUCCCCUCUGCCACACCACCAUGCCCAGCUUGGCGGACCUCGGUGCGCCUCAGUCCAUGAAAAUAAUAAAUAAUAAAUGAUAAAAUAAUAAAACUGGCUGUAAGCAAGGCUACACCAGACGAAAAUACCACUGCGCGGGGCACGCCUACCCUCCGCUGUGUCGCCAGUGGACACGAAAAUAGAGCCCUAAGUGUUAAACUGAACUGGUAGGUAGCAAGUCCAAGGAUCUUUUCUAAUGGCUAAAACUUCAUUUCCGUGUUUAACUCUAAAUAUGUUUUAUUUGACUUGAGCGUGGUCUAAUUUGUUGAUUACUAACAUAAUGGUCUCAGCCAUUUUGUUUGGGCACGAAACGCCUCACUGCUGAUUAAAUUUGCCCAAUAAUUGUUCAACCUCUUCUUUGCCUGACCUGAACCAGGGGCCAGACUUAUGUGCCAAGUCAAAUAAAGCACUUCCUACCUGACAGACAUUCUUUAGUUUGAACAGUUUUCAGUCAUAAUAAGAUACUAUUUGUUACUUACUGAGUCUGUUUACUCUCAAUAGUAUCUUCAAAUUAAGUGGUUGAUAAUCAAAAGUUUCUUUUUUAUGAAUCUUUAAAAUAAUUUCAGAGCUACAUAUUCUGCACCACAAGUGUCCAACACAUGCCAGAUGUUUAGGCAAAAUAAAAUCUCAAAGCAUGAUAAUUUAAAUGUGUAAAUAAGUGAUCUUCUCAGGUGCUUUGUCAUCUUGUUAUUUUGGAAUUUCCCCCUGUUUGGACUAAUAAAGGAAUAUCUGAUUGUGUUCUCUGUAGGAGUACAAACAGAAGUUAGCAAGGGUGACCCAGGUAAGGAAAGAGCUGAAAUCACACAUCCAGAGUCUCCCUGACCUCUCCCUUCUCCCCAAUGUGACCGGGGGUUUGGCCCCACUCCCCUCUGCUGGAGACCUGUUCUCCACCGACUGAGACAUGCCCAGACAGAAUACUUCCCUUGCUCCUCAACAUCAAAAUACAGUACCAUGUUUGACUCUAGCUGUGUCUUUGACCAGAGGACACGUGGUCAACCCUUUAGGACAAAAGGGUGAAAGGGUCAUUCAAAGACAGUAUCGGAGGGCUGAAAACACUCAGCAGAGGAAAACAGAAGCCCUGUCAGCUUGGAAAUCUUCCAGCCUUUUGUUAUUGACGAGGAUUCCACUCCACCAGCUCAGAAUGAAUUUGUUUCCUGUUUGCUAUUAUUUUUUAAAUGCUGGAAAUCUGAGGGAUCUAGGGGGGAUGGUUGGGGUAAAGAAGCAAAACUUAGAUCAAUGUUAGUUUUUGUUACAUGUCAACAAAUGUGUAUGUCUGUGUGUUAUGUUGAGAUUCAUAAAGCAGAGAUGAGCUGUUUGCUCUCGUACAUGAUCACAACUCUGUGAAGAGGAUCUACUGCCCAUUAGUUUAAUUUUUUGAUUUUCAGUUGGGAGCUGUCAUGCAUACACAGAUUGGAUGUGUGGGUGCGGUCUCAGUACGUUCCAUGAACAUGUCACAAAAACUGUGAUUAAAGACGUAUGGUUUUGAGGCUUGGACACCUAGUUUAUUACCCACUUUGGUUUUCUUGUCACAGCUAGUAAGUGUUUUUCUUCUUGGAAGACUAACACUUUGUAAUUCCAAGUGGCCAUUUUCCAUGUUUUUAUUUGGACAGAUGCUUUAACCAUGAUAGGGAUAAUUAGGUCAUAAGUGUGUACCAGACAGGGUUUGAGUUUUACAAAAUAAUUCUGAGGAGUUUUUGUAAAUAGUUCUUGAAAAAACUUGUUUUCCAAUAAACUGCCUUGUCUUGAAGCACAUACAAGAAGUUUCCAUUUUGUGUGGAUUUGCGAGAGACAAAUCACGUUUACAGGAUUUUCAGGGUGGUAAUGUCGUUUCUUUUGGGUCUUUAAACAUAUAGCAAAGUGAUGUGGUUGCUCAGCAGUGGCAAUUCCGUUGAUGAGGCUGGUUGAUAUUUCCCUGAAAUUUUAUGCCUUUUAAAAAAAUCUGUAAAAAAGAUGCCCUUAGGCCCAUUCAUCGCUUAGUCUGUGCUUGUAAGGUACUUGGACACAUUUUUGAAGUUUUUUUGUUUUCCUCUUUCCUAAUCUUCCCUUGUAUUGGAAAUGCAAAAAUAGAGAAAAUAAAACCAAUCUACUUCUUUUUUAACUCCUAAAGGCAUCCUACCAAGAUGUUCAAUGGAAAAGGUAUGCAGGGGCCUAUGAGGCUCAGGAAUCGUUGCUGAUAUUUGGUGGAGGCAGGGGUCGGCAACCUUAAACACUCAAAGAGCCAUUUGGAACAGUAUCCCACAGAAAAGAAAACAGAGGGAGCCACCACAAAACCCCCUUGACAUCUUAAAAUGAAGAUAACACUGCAUAUAUCGUUUUUUUUAACCUUCAUGCAAACUAUAUAAAAACUAUAGUGUGUUGCAUUUAUGAAAUAAAUGGACUGCUGCCGAGAAAAAAAUAAAGAAAUUCUGCAGGCCAACAAAAAUAUUUUGCACAGUUUAAACUUACCUUAAAGACCCACUCUGAUGAAAAUCAUGUUAUUCUUGUUGUCUACAUGUUUGUAUAUCAUUUUUCUGAUGCUACAGGACAAAUCAUGCGAAUAGUAAGUGCAAAAUUGUAUUUCUGAGUAUUUCUGCAUUCAAAUCACAGUGAACCUCCGGCAGACCCAAACGACAGGCUCAGACACAUUUCCUACAACUGCAACACUACGCAGGACACACUUGGAGGAGUAGAGGACGAUUGCAGGAACAAGCGUGUGCGUUCAAUAAAAAUCCCUGUUUCACUGAACAAUGUAGGAUAUAUAUUUGCAAAAUAAUUGCCAAUUAAAAUGUUAAAUUUACUUCCACAUCAGGGCUGUGUGACGUCACCUUCAUCUUCAGAUUUUACUCCAGAGUGGAGUAAAACUAAAGAAAAUUGUUUAAUACCAUCAAGAGUUCAUAGCCAAAAAAUAUAGCCAUUGAGGAAAUUUCAAAGUUAGUGUAUAUUAUGGUUAUUUGUCAUUGAAGACAAGUGAUCUACAAUACAGUGUGCAAUAAUGAAAACCCAAAGAUUAGACAAAAAUCAUUAUGCACCUGUAGUCAACAAGUGCUGCUGUCACUUUUAAUUUGAAUGCUUAUGAUUUCCUUUAGUUUUGUGUUUGUCAGAACAUUGUGUGUUGCCCAAUUUAUCUUGGUAAUAUUUCCCCCACAAUCAAUGCUACUGAUAAAUAUUUGAUUAAAAUAAUGUUGGCAGCCGGUAAAAAGGCUAUUACAAGAAGUUGGCCAUUGAAAGAGCCCCCAACUAAAGAGUAGUGGAUUGUAAUUGUGAAAGAAAUAUACGACAUGGAAAAACGGACCUUUUCCUUGAACCUGUGCACGGACAAAUUCACCAGGCUAUGGAGGAAAUGGACAGCUCAUCUUGAGUAAGUGACAUUUUAUCACAACAGGAGGCAAUUAAUGACAGUGAAUAAUGAAUGUUCAUUUUUCUUUAUUUUCUUUUAUGCUUGAGUACAGUACACCCUACUGUCCUAUUUGAUGUGCUCCAUCAGUGCUGUUGGGCUCUAGAGAAAGAAUGUUUCUAGAAUGAAAUGUAUGCAUUGUUACAAUGAUUCUACUCUAUUUUUCCAUCUGUGCCUUUUCUUUCUCAUUCUUUUCCAGUUUGUUCCCCUUUCUUUCUCUCUUUCUAAGUAUUUUGAAAAAUGAACGACCUCAUAAAAUAAAGUUAAAAAAAAAAUUUGCAUUAUACACUAUGACAGAUAUAUUUCAUUUCUGUAUUAGGGCUCAUAUUACAUGGCUAAAAAUAUAUGCGCAUUUAUAAAUAAAAGCUCCCUUCCCUCGACAUAACUGUAGUUAAGUUAAAAAAAAACAAAAAUGAACAGCAUCAACUUUUAAGGAUUUAUGUGUAAUGGCUCAUUCCUUCACCACAACCUCGAUGGAGCUCUUGAUGUUGUGCAGUUUGUUGCAAUCAAAGUUUACCAGCAGUAUGCUGGAGCCAGCAGUGGUGGGACUGAACUCAAUGCUGGCCAUGGCUUUCUGUUUUGGGCCCACAGCUCCAACUCUGCAGAAUCAAACACACAGACAAUAAGCAAUGUCAGCCAAAGUGUUGCAAUUUUUUACUGAUUGUAACAGCAAAUCUAUGAAAAGUGCACAAGAAAAACCUCAUAAAUGGAGUGAGGUAGGGGCACAGAAAUAAUAUAAGUCCCCUCACAACAGUAGAGCUGGUGUUCACUUACAAUUUUGUAAUGAGUUUGCCAUCAGUAAUUCCAACCCCUUCUACAGAGAAGCUGCAGUCCUGAAGGGUUUCUGGUAAGGGGUUCAACAAGCUUAGCUCUGCUGUCAAAGGCUGAUUGAGUCUCGCAUCUCCAAUCAACUGCAGAGAAACAGGUUUCAUCAGGUCACAACAGAGGAUUAUCAUUUUGCCCACAUCUUUUGACCAAACCUAUUUUAAUGUGAUUAAAGUAAAUUCACUGAUUGAGAAUUGUAAUUAAAACUAAAACCUUUUGUCAUUGCAGUUUAACAUACAAAAAAAACCAUACUUGGAUUACCAGUUCAUAUAGAAAAGGUCAGAUCUUCAGUUAAUUUUGAAAAUCAGUACAGCUUUUGACUGUUCGAUAUGCAGCAGCCAUAUUUUGAAUAUAUACAUAAAAGUAAUAACACAUAAAGGUUGUGUAGUUUGAAUUUAUUUGCUCUGAAUUCUUCAUACUGGUCUGCAUUCUGCUAAGGUGUAAAAUAAACAGCAUUGCCUCAGGUUAUACUGCAGAAUAUAUUUAAUGCUUGAAAAUGCCUGUUUUUCACCAAUUUAUUAUCCAUACCUUUGUCUGAAUGUCUGGCUCGUCCAGCACAAUGGUCUUCUCAGCCUUAUUGUAAUGUAUGUUCUGCUUGUCGAUGGUGAUGGCUGACAGCUGGAUCAACCUAUCAGAAGUGAUUGCUGAUCCAUAACUUUUAUACUCCAGUUUGAGGGACAGAUGCUUUUCUGCAAAAUCAAACAAUGUGAAUCAAGUUUCAAAAUAAUUAUAGUGCAUGUUUAGCAUGUUCUGUUUAUUCAAUGGUUAGAGCUAACCUUCACCAGAGGCCACCUCCAAUUUGUCUGAAGCAAACCCACAGCUCUCUCCUUGUCUUCCAUUGUAGCUGACAGCUCUGGCAAAAAACAAGAAGGUGCAGGUCUUGGCCUCCUCACAGUUAUUAGUGAGGACAGCGUACACUUCAAAGUCUGAACCCACCAUCAUGUUAUCAGCCAGUCUGAUCUGCAAUGAGAAUUAUAUAUAUAUAUAUAUUUUUCAAUCCACAACUUCAGAAUAAUAAUAAUGCAUGGUAAUAUUUUGUAGGUUUUGACCAGGAGCAGGUGGUUCUUUGGGUAUUUGGUAUUUGGAAUAAGCGAACUAAGCGCCAGCCAGUAGGGGGCCCUCAAGAGCGAUCAAAAAAAUAUACAUUUGAAUAUUUUUUUUUUUUUAGUUUGUAUGAGUGAUGCUUUCUGAUGAUCAAAUAUAUAUUAUUGUGAAAAUAAAAUAAAACCAAGUAAAAACAUUUUAGUGCUGCUGCAGAUGUAGGCCUAUAAUUCUUACUGCCAAUAUGUCAAAGCUCCGCCACCGUAAUGUGCCUAAUGCUGUGCAAUGUGCACUGAGCAUCCAAAGCUCAGGUAGCUGUGGGGUAAAACAAUGUCGCAAAAAAGGACAUGUCCAUCAGGAGCAGAGAAAAGAAAGAGGAAAAAGAGAAAAAACGCCAAGAUAAAGGUAUGUUUGCAUGUCAUGGAAUGUUCAUCAAAGAGAUUUGUGAAGGUGUGUGGCAGAAAUAAAGGGCCCCAAAAUCUAAUUUUGCUUAGGCCCCCAUUGAGGCCCGAGCCUCAAUGAGUAUUUAAUUAAAUCUUUAUUCCUCUAUUUUUACAAAUUACAUUUGCCAACACAAAUGCAAUAUUUGCAUGCCAGUUAGCAGUAUUUCUGUGUCAUUCUGUUCAAAUAUUUUUUUAUUUUAAAACCCCAUGACUUCUGUCCUGUUUUACAAGGCAUGACUCUUUAUCCAAUUCUCUUCAUAUAGUCGAUCAGAGAGAAACUUUGCACAGCCAAUACUGCCUUCUGAGAGUUCUUCUAGUGUAUUAAAACUGUCAUUUGUCCACAGUUGAUCAUGUUCAUAAGUUAAGCCACCCCACCUACUGUGUGAAGAAGCUUUUUGAAUUAAUUACUGCAGAAUUAAUUUAUUGUUGCAAUAGCAGCACUAAACCUCCUCAAUUAUUAUUAGUAUUUCUAUGAAUAUUAACACCUUGAGGUGAAGCCCUGGCUCUUCUCCUUUCUGCUGUAACUUGUUGUGGUGUUGAGCCUUCUCAUACACUCUCCUUUCCUCCUCUGUACCUGUAAACCAUCAAAAUCAAACAGAAUUUACAGAGUUUUGUUUAAGCUAACAAAAAGGAAUAAAAAUACACAAUUUCCUUCUAAGACUGCUAAGAGAUAAAUAAUUCGAGCACGAAUAACAAUGCAGAGACUUCAAAAGAUGCACAAAAGUAUACUCCAAGAAGUGUGUGCGUCUGUAUGUCUGUGCACUCUGUAAUACCUUCUGCAUAUUUGUACUGAUGUGUGAUGUCAUGCCGCUCGUCUGAGCCAACUGCUUUGGUGCUGAUGAAGCGUCCGACAGACUUAGUUGAUCCACUGAACUUGACAAACUCUCCACUCGUCAAUUGCACCAAGUCCACAACAUCUGCAUUGACCUGACCCCAUACACACAAAAAAAGAGAUAAUAUAAAACAAUAGUGGCUAGAAAGGCAUUCCAGGAAGCAGUCAUUUGGUGGAGGACAGCAGGUAGGAAAAGCAGUUUAAGGAAACCGCAAGAGCAGAUAUCUCUUCAUAGCAGCACAGUAUCAGUUAUAUUCAGAACACAGAAUAUGACAGCCCCCGUUUGAUGGAUUUGCUCGGUCAGGCCUUGUUACACAUUUAACCUCAAAACCUCAAGUCAACACAGUUAAAGAAAAGGAUGUAAAUGUUUGAAUUUUCUCUUUCAGUGUUGUACUAAAUUCAUCAAAAAAUCACCUCAGCAAAAAUAAAGGGAGCAUCAUACUUCUUUGUCAGCUCUCCCUCCUUGAUGGCCUUCAGAGGAGCUGGUCCACAACAGAAAACACCUGACAGAAACCAACAAAUUAACACUGGACUCACUUAAAGGUACAGUGUGUCGAAUUUAACAGCAUUUGGCAGAACAGAUUUAGUAGAAAUGGAAUAUGGUAUUCAUAAGUAUGUUCAGAUCAAUGUAUUAUGUCAAAGUCAUUUUGUUUUUUGUUAAAAUAAAAUGAGCCUUUUAUGUAUACAAAGGUGUGGGUCCUUUUCCACAAUAGCCAACAUCUUGCACUUAAGCAGUUGUUACACACAGUGAUAAAUUUAAGACUUGAGCCAAUUGAACAAAUAAAGCAACAUCUAAUGCUGAAAGUUACAGGUGAGCUGGAAGACCAGUUUAAGAGUUCUGGGUGUUGUCUUACAAACAAUACCCUAAUACCCAAGAUGGCCAACACAUGAGACACUGUUUUUAUUUGGGUAAUAUCAUUCAAAUGUCAGGAGUCGAUUCUCUUUUGUAACAAAAGAGCUUUACUUGAAAGAAAAGGUGUCAUAAGGAAAAAGAAAUAACCCCAUGUGUGCAUUUACCACAUAAACCCUGUUUGUGCUGUGUCUUGAGAUGAGUUAGAGGAACUUACCAACCAAAAGUCAUAUGCCAUACCAUCCAAAAAACCUGUGACUACUGUCAGGAACAGAUGCAAACCACUGUGGUUAAAAUCCUAAGACUCAGCAUGCAGUGUUGUGACCCUGCAUGCUCAGUUUUGAAAGAGUUGCAGUUAAUUGUAACUGUUUUGUCCUCACUGUGUAACUGGUUUGGCCGUAAGCAUGACAAUAAUCAGUUUGCAAUAUCAAAUUUAGGACUUACAUUUCCACACCCAAACCUUUUUUUUAUGUGUUUGAAAACACAGUAUAGAACAACAAUUUAGAUUUUACCAUCACUUCUCUCCUGUGGGGUUGGGUCACUGGCUUGCCACCCAUCAUACUCUGUUCCCAAGUCAGGACGAGUCAUCCAGCUGUCCACCCAGACAUGGAAAUUCCUGGUAAAUAAAUUUUUUUUCUUGGAUUAUUAAGAAAAUUCAUUAAAGUUUGAUUUUUUUGUAACAGAUACCCAUGAGUCUCAUACCUUUGGAGCAUGGAGAGCUUGAUAACUUACCAAACCGAAUCACCUCCGGAAAUUCUCUCCCCAUUUUCAUCAUACAGGUUCUCAAUAUACAAGUUGGCAUCUGAAUCGUGAGCAGAUCCAAAGUUAGUAACCACUCGACAUGGGAUUCCAAGGGCACGGGACACUGGAAGAGGAAGAAGAGUCACACUUCAUCAAGUCUGCUAUCUAAAGCGUACACUUGAGAUGGUGCCUGUCAUCAAAGACUUGCAAUAAAGACAUCACACAAAAAUAUCACGUGACAGAUGGCUUUACAUCCACAAGAUUAGGCUCUAAAUUUAAGGUUCAGUUAAAAAAGUUGAGCUUGAAGUUGCAACUUGGAAGAUACUCAAACCUGUGCAUGCAACAGCAGCGAAAACCCAACAUUGUCCGUAGUGGACAGGGCCACUUUCUGCCCAUUUGCGCAAAAUUGCCCCACUGCCAGUCCACGUUCCUGGAUGAACCCCAUCGGAAAAAUCCUCCCAUUCUCCAACCAGAACCCCUCUGUCAUCAAAACUGUUGAUCUAUGGACACAGACAGAGGAAAGAUGGACAAAAGUUGGAAGAGAGAAAAGGAAAUUUGAGGUUUUAGUCUGAACAUGCUUAUCAUCAUUGAAAUAGGACAUUCCUCUAUGUCAUCAGAUUUUCUAUGGACUUCUAUCAAAUUUACUGAGAUCUGACUUUUGCAGAGUUAAAAUAUUUAGAAAAAGAAACAAAGAACAAAUUCAACCAUUUUCUAAAAAAUGUAUCACUACAGGAUUUGCCAUUCUGGCAAUAACAAUAGAAGUCCCAACAAAAAUAUUAUAAUUCAAAUCCAAAUGUUUCAACCUAUUUUGUCUUGAGAACACCAGUUGGAACAGUCAAAUACUUAACCACAAGUUUAAGUGGCAGGUUAUGGAGAAAACUAAUGACUUCAAACAAGUCUAAAAUGUGAAAAAAUUUUCAACAUUUGUGGAAAACUCUUAUUGCACAGAGUGAACAGCAGCGGCAGACUCACUGUCUGAUGUCAGGCAUACGUGACUGUGCAUAUCUAAGCCCCAAUCUUGAAGGAAAUCCCUCAUGUGGAACCUAGUUCAGUAACAAGCUGCUCACAUCUUUUUCAUUACCUUGGGCCAUGUUUGUUUGUUAUCUGCUCUGUGUGGGCUAUGGCUGCGAUUCCGUUGCUCGCGCUUACAUCAUCAACUUGCAUUUAUCGUAUUUAUCAUGAGUUGGCCAAAUAUUUAUUCACAGAGGAUUUUUCUGAUGAUAUAUCGUGAAUGAUAAUUCAUCAUCCAUCCCUAGAGUCAACCCACCAAUAGUUAACUUAUGUCAUUCACAUACACUCAUACAGUAAUGGCUGUGCCUUUGAUAGGCUAUUUUGACGCCGAGCAUCUUUCCCGAGGACACCUAAGCUGACUGAAGGAGCUGGGAAUUAGGCCCACAGUUGCCAGCAGUUUCCCUGCAAAACAGUAACCCUAUAAAGAGGUAUACUGAGGAGUGUUCUGGUGCACCCAGUGCAAGUUCAUAGGGGUACCAUUGUCUUUCCUGUGCAGUUAUUGCAGAAUGGCCAUUUGCUCUAAUUUUUUUGGCACUAACCCUUCAGUCAGCCUAUACGCAUACCUACCAUGGCACUCAGCACCCUGGUCACAUAGAUGGGAUUUCUCCUGGCAGAGCAGUCCAUGUCAGCAUCAGAUACAAAUUUGGGGUUGUCGUCCAGGAUCUUGAGACAUAUAUCAAGUAUCCCUGAAUUAAACUGUUAGAUAAACACAUAGUGAAGUUAGCAGCAGUAGAGAUUAAAGGUGAACUCUGCAAAUUUUGAUUUGUUAUAUUCAGUUAAUUUUGUAGUAAAAACUAAUGAAUGACAAAUGUACCAGAAUAUAAAAUUGUGCCCUGUUGAUGAAUGAAUAAGUACUGUACUUAGAAAUUGUGAGAAGUUUUAAAAACAUCUUGUGUACCUGUCCAAAGUUCCAGGGUGUCCCUUUGAUUCGUUUAUGUGUCCCUCUGUAAAUCUGCCCAUGUUGCUCUAAAACAUACUCCUUCCUCUUUGUCUCGCUCCGCAUAUAAACUGCAUCUUCUAAGUGAGUCAAUGAAAAGAACCAUGCAUAUUAAGAAAAGCAAGACUGCAUAUGUAACAGAGAUUUUCUGAUUACUUAAACAUGUAUUUGAUGAUAUGAUAUAUAAGUGGCAUGAUAUAUUUAAUGCAUUUUUAAACGAUUCUACAUUGUACAUGAUCUAAAAGAAAGACAAAGAGAUAUGAUUUUUUUUUAAAAAGGGUGUGAUGCACAUAGACGUCGGAACUGGGGGGGCGCACCCACUCCCAUCCACUCCCUCCGCAGCCCUUCGGCCUCCCUACCUGCAGCAUGACGCUUUAAAAAGAAUCUAAAUUUAAACUCAAUUUGUCUUACAUUUAUCUCUUUCAUAAAAUAUACGAGGCAUAGAUGUAUGUGAUGUGCAUCGACAGUUCAGUGUGAUGUAGGCUAAACAAAUUACAAAAACAUGACUCUUGUUUUGCGGGCAUUGUUUUUUUUAUAUGUUUUCGCGCGCAUUGUUGUUUUGAUCUGUUAACCUAAUGGCACAAGCAAUGCAAGUUCAUGGAAGAGAGGAGUGUGUGAGGCUGGACGUGGUGCGCUUAGAGGUGGAGCAGCGUUUUGAUCAGGAGGGACUCAACCUAUAGUUGCAGGGCAAGAGCAGGCAUGUGAGAGACCGACAAUGACCAAAAAGUUAUUACGUUUAGGGCUCAGAAUCUUUUUACAUUAUCGAACAAUUACAUUUGGGGUUUCAUUACAUUUUUAAUGAAAUUUUGAGUCAUUGGUACAUAUCGGUCUCCAACAAGGUAGUUCUUGAGGCGGCUGAGGGGAAACUGGUUGAUGUGGGUUACCCGGAUCUGACUCCCAUUUCCACGGGAGAAUCAAUCAAUCAAUCAAUCAAUCAAUCAAUCAAUCAAUCAAUCAAUCAAUCAAUCAAUCAAUCAAUCAAUCAAUCAAUCAAUCAAUCAGCUAAGCCUUGAGCUGGACAUACUAAAGGAUAUGCCAUAUCUGUCGCGGCAUCCGUGCGCUCUUUCUCAGCCCCGCGCAGAUUAAAACCUGGCUGCGCAACACCAUUACGCAGGAAAGACAAACGCAAUUGUCCAUUAUGAAUUAUCUCUAGGUCAACUGAGAGAAGGUCUACUUUAGGUAACGUGUGAUAGCCCUGAGUCAGGGGCGGAAACUGUUAUUUUUUUUUUAAAUGAAUGCUGUUAUGUUCCUUAAAAUGGUUGAUUUUUUUAUCAAAGUUUCAUUUUCCUAGCAAUAGAAAUGCUGUGUUCAUCCAGUUUAGUUUUAUUACGGUAUAAAAUAACUUAAAUUAAAUCCUGAAUCACUGAUAAGUGUGCGUCUUUGCCCCCCUCUCAUAAAUAGCUCCGACUUACAUGGUGGCGCAUGACCAUACACAUACACAUCAAAAAUAUAUACCCUUUUGAGCAAACUUACUGGGGCACCAAGUAUUAAAUAGCAGGGUGAACUCUCCCAAACUGGUUUUCUGCCCUUCCUGAUCCAGAGUCAGUGAAUAGACCCCAACUGGGGCAUUGGGUGAGGAACAGAUAGAUACGGACACUUUGUUUGCAGAGGAAUCGUUGGUGGCGGAUGCGCUCCACUCAGUAUCCACAACAGUGUCACUCAGGCCAAAGGAAACCUUGGUGUCUGAUUCUUUUCUGGGUAAUGGACCUUGAGAGACAGAAGGGUGGGAAUAUAAAAUCUAAAACUAGAUAAGGGAAACACAAAUCCUCUUGUACACACCAAAGAUGCACCCUCCCGUCCCUUUACAACUUAUAACAUUUUUUCUCAGUGUAGUUGUGUGAACCACCUUAGAACAAAAAACUUACCGGUUUCAACAAUCAGUGUAAAACUUGUUUGACCCGGUUUGAACUCCUUACUGCAAGCUUUCAGAUGUAAUAUUAGGUUGAAGGGUUGUCCCCUCCUGAUGAUCAACCGCUCCUCUGCAUACUUCUCUGUGUGGUGGCUGAUGCUGUUAUUCUUUAUGUCCAGAUCACAGAGCUCAAUGUCCAACACUGUGUGGAGAGGAAGAAAAGAACAGAAAUGUUGACAUCGAUCAAAACUUCAGUAAACAUCAACAGACAAAAACUGCGGUUUCUCGAUAAGGUUAGCAAAUAUAACUUGACAUCACCCUUUGCAGACAGUGUUACUGUGUUGUUAUAUUCCGUAUUACCCACCAUUCCACUUCACACAUUUAGGUUACUUGACCCUCAUAUGAUAGCCUUCUCAAAAAACACACUCUAUGAAGUCACACCGACAGAAACUGACAAGUUAGAAAUAAGCCUUCCUGUCAAGUACUGACAAAGGCUACACAUUUAUUCUGAAAUGUCAAAGAAAAAAGCUCGUUGUCUUCCCAACCUU